AAUUGCGAGAUUACCCUCAUAUUUUCCAGCGAAGAGUCCUCAUCACAUCGAUAAGGCAGAGAAGAAGAAAGGUCGUCCCGAAUUUCAGAGAGCGGCGAUGGGAGGACACGGAGCCGUAGAGGUCGCCAAGACGGUGCUGGAGGUUGCUGACGUGGCGUGGAAGGCGAUGGAGUGCGGCCACCACCACCUCGACCACCUCCGCCACGAGCACGAAGAAACCAAGGCCGGCGCGAUUUCCGACGAGGAAUUGGAGGCGCUGCGAGCUGAGAAUCGGCGGCUGAGGAAAUCGCUGGAGCAGAACCUGAAGCUGCUCGAGAACCUAACUGAAUCGCCUACUCUACUGAACGAUUGCCCUCCUGACCUGUAUGCCCGCCUUGUAGCUACGGUGAACUCUGAAAACUUCUUGACGAGAAUUAAAGCUCUUCAGCAGAAAUCUGUGGAUUGCAAUCACUUUCCUUUCAAGGUUGCUACAGGGAGUGAUUUGGAGGAAGCUGAAAUUCUCAUCAAUGUUGACCAGAAAGAACCGAGUUGGUGGGUUUGGGUGACAGAAGAUAUGCUUCCGGGGAAUGUUGAGGAAAGGAGUGGAAUUGACAAUGAUAGUUAUGUGGUUGUUAGUGAGGAGCAUGUGGUGGAUGGGGUUGCAGAUUUUAUGGCCAAGUGUAUUAUGUCGAACCCUAAAGCUGGGAACAUGACACCGGAGGAGUUGCAGAAAAUUGUAGCAAAAGCAACGGCUGGUGUGAGCAAAUUGGAGAAGGUUUUGGGUAUUUGGCAUGCUGGGAAGCUGUUUUAUGCCCUGUCCACCUGGGGACUUGCUCUAGCCGGGUUGUAUAGGACCCGUGCUGUAAUAAGGCUUGCUGCGAUGGGGGUGCAUACAACAAGCAAAUUGCUUAUGAGGGCAAUGUGAGGGGCUCCCUUGCAACUGAAUUGUACAAUAUUUUAUCCUUGGCAUUGUGUCUAGCUGAUAUAAAUAAUUGUAAAUAGCGCUUGCUCUUGUAUUUGCAACAUGAUUGGUUUAUGGCAUUGAAAUGUUGAUUGAUUCUA